GGGAAGGGCAGCACGGUCGGGGCCUCUGUCCACUGCAGUGGUGCCCAGCUCAGCUGUGGGACCCACGGCAGUGUGGGCAAACCAGCUUCGGAUUCGGACAGACAGCGACAAAACAUCAUCUCCCGCCUCUCCGCUCUCUCCCGGUCAAUUCUGUCACUCCGACAUCACACCAUCCACCACCACCCACCCGCCGCCGUCGCCAACAUGCUCCUGUCCCGCACCGCCGUCGCCGUCGCCCGCCGGGCCACCGCUGCCCCCGCUCUCCGUCGCAGCAUCGCCACCACCGUUGUGCGCUGCAACGCCGAGACCAAGCCUGUCCCCCACAUCAAGCGUCUCUCCGAGAUCAAGACCAAGGAUGACCUCUUCGGCCCCGGUGCCGCCCCCGGCACUGUCCCCACCGAUCUCGAGCAGGCCACCGGUCUCGAGCGUCUCGAAAUUCUCGGCAAGAUGGAGGGCGUCGACGUUUUCGACAUGAAGCCCCUUGAUGCCUCCCGCAGGGGCACCAUGGAGAACCCCAUCUCCGUCCGCUCCGCCGGUGAUGAGCAGUACGCCGGUUGCACUGGCUUCCCUGCCGACUCCCACAACGUCAUCUGGCUCACCAUGACCCGCGAGCGCCCCGUCGAGCGCUGCCCCGAGUGCGGCAACGUCUACAAGAUGGACUACGUCGGUCCCCAGGACGACCACGCCCACGACCACGGCCACGACCACCACGGCUUCGAGGAGCCCAAGACCUUUGCCGACUACGUCAAGCCCGAGUACUGGUAAAUUACCCAGUUGUGGGGUUUGCAAAGGGAGGUUUGAGGUUUUUGUGUAGUGGGUUGUUAAUAGAAGAAGACAUUGACAAAUACGAUGCAUGCAUAUGACACAAGUUUACUGGGAGGCAAGCACUGUGAAUGCGAACCUGGAGAACACGGGGGUGAUGAUGAGGCUGGGUAGGUGGUUGUUACCUCAUUGGACUUGCAUUCGGGAACCUAGAGCUGUAGAUUUCUACCUAGAACCCUGGGGCCAAAUAAAUACUGAACAUGGAAUUGUAUAUACCAUCGAGAAGCUCGAAAGAGGUUGGAUUGGCGUGACAGUAUCUAGAUUCAGGAUUGCUACUAGGGCUGUUUGCUCAGAGUGCAUUCGCAGAAUCAUCUAGACUCGACCUUCUCUGCGGUACCGAGCAACAAGACUCGAGACCAUCCAAGAUAGCUUCUUCUGCCUGGCACUGAGUCAGAGCACCGCAGGAUCGGGAACGACGUUCUGGCACAGCUCCCUAUUGCUUUUCUCCGGACAGCUCUUGGGUAGUACUCCAGGCAUAACGGCAUAGACAAACUCGGACUUUGCAUCCCUCGUCAUCCGCAAGCUUGUCACCAGGUCGCGCAUCUUGCGCCCUUCCACUUGCUAUUGGGACAUGCGCCGGCCGACGUGGUUGUUAGCCUUGAACACACACCUUCCUCUCGGCAUGCCCCCCUUUUUUUUCUCCCGUCGGUGUUUAUGUACUUCCAGCGCCCAAGCCCGAUAACGACGGCAUCUCAACCCUCCUCAUCACCAUCACCAAAGCUAAGCUUGAUUUUCUUAGCCUUCUUCAUGGCCGUCUUGGGCUUUGGUUUCUCCCCUGCCUGUUCCGUUUUUCCGCUUUGGUCUUUGGCAUCUGUACCCUCAGCCUUUGCCUUUGGCUCCUUAGCAUCCCCAUCUUGCUCUUGAUCAGAGUCAUCAUCGCCAGCAAUGACCUUCCCUACCUUUCUCUUCUUCUUACUCGCUCCUAUUCCCACUCCUUUCUCCUCCUUUGCCAUCUUGUUAUUCCCUUCUUUACUCCCCUCCCCAUGUUUGUUUCUGUCCCCCCCUUCCCCUUCUCUCCCUUCUUGUUUUCCCUCCCCAUCUUUCCCAUCUUUUCCCCCCUCCCCCUCUUUCCCAUCUUUUCCCCCCUCCCCCUCUUCCCCCUCUUGUCCCUGUCCCUCCCCCUCUGUGGUCCCCUCACCCUCCACCUUCGAACCAGACUCCAUCACCCUCCCAUCCUUCCCCACAGACACUCCAUCAACCACAUUCCCCUGUUCGUCCAAAACAAGCGGCGCGUCCUCCGCCUCCUCACUUCCACUCCUCGCUUUCUUCGUCGGUCGUCUCCGCGCAGCCAGGAUCGGAUCGGGACCGUCAAAGUUCCCGGGGGCAUGUUGAGCAUGCAACCGAGCGAGAAAGGGAGGGAGGGUAGCGGAGCGGUCGUAGUGGAGGUUUUUGGGGUUGAAUUUCCCUCCUCCUGCGGAGCCGCCUCCGGAGCCACUGCCGGGACCAGCAGACAUGUUGCGUUGAGGAGCGUAUGUAGGUGUUGUUGAAUGGGUUGGUGGGUGGUUGGUUGGAUGCUUGAGUAGGUAGGUAGGUACCCAGGUACAGGCCAGGUAAGGUAGGGUUUGGUGAUGAUGGUCUGUCUGCUCGGGUAGGGAGCAACUCGAUGGCCUUCUCGUAAAGCUAAGUAAAUCGUUGUGGCUUCUUCGAG